CUGCUGCUACUGCUGCCACCGCUUCUGCUGCCCCUUCUUCCCAAGCCCAGUGCGUCGACGUUUCUUCCUUGGUCUAUGCCUUUGUCGCCGCCCGCUGCAAACCAUUGAGCGCCACAUCGCCCGCUGCACGCCCCGCAGCUCUGUGACGGAGUAGUUGCGUGCCUCAACAGUGCGACUGAGUGCCUCAGCCCGUCUCCAGCACGGCCGCCUGCACCGGUCACGAAACCCUCACCAUGGCCAAGUCAAGAGCCCGGCCAGCUGCAGCAGAGGAUUCGGCCGUUCCGCCGCCGGCAAAGCGACGAAAACCUCUUCCCGACGCUCGCUCCACCGGCUUUGAAGACAUCCUGCUUAGCAACAAGAAGGCCGGCAAGAAGCUGGCCCCUGCCCACACAACCAAAUCGAGACCCUCGGACGCAUCGCGCGUCAACGAUGAGGGCGCAGUCGUCAACACACCCAAUGGCAAUGCGGACGUUAUCCGGUCAAGACCGCAGAAGCCAAAUGUCGACACCAUCAGCAUCUCGAGCGACGAUUCCAGCGACGAUUUCGACCUUGACGAGGACAGGGACGGAGAGCAGGACAAUAUCACACGCGCACAUGCGAAGGUCGAAGGCGCUCCGAAUGGCGUCGAACACAAUGACGAUGGCAAACACAGCGAAGAUGAAGACGCUGCUGACGUUGCUGACAACAUUUCUGCUGACGAAAAUGACGGUGACGAAGCCACCUUCGGCGAGCGAUUAGCAGCGCAACAAGCAGAACCGAUCGACGUCGAGGCAGCCCUUAUCCCAAUGGAGGGCGAGGCCACCGACAAAACGUCGAAGGUGAGACAGCUCAUACCCACCGGUGCAACAUUCAGCACUGUUCUCACCCAGGCUCUGCGCACAAAUGACACCACUUUGUUGGAGUCCUGCUUCGAGACGCAUGAUCUCGAGAGCGUUCGCAAUACCUUGUCCAGAAUAGACUCCACACUUGUCAUCGGGCUCAUGACCAAAAUCGCAGAGAAGAUCUCCAGAAGGCCAGGUCGGCUGGGAAACUUGAUGGUGUGGAUACAGUGGAUCAUCAUCGCGCACGGCGGCUACCUUGCUGGACAGCCCGACGUUGUGAAGCAGUUAGCCGUGCUGCAGAGAGUCAUCAAGGCGCGCGCAGACGGGCUGCAGCCACUCCUGCAAUUGAAGGGCAAGCUCGACAUGCUCUCCGCACAGCUGGACCUGCGACGGGACAUUCUGGAGCGAAAUGCACGCAACGAGGAAGAGGAGGUCACCAUCUACGUCGAAGGCGAAGAGGACGACAACAUGGAAGUAUCCGAUGAAGAGUCCGAGGGUUCUGCCGGUGAACAGAGGCUUCUUCUGAAGGGCUUCGGCGGUGCAGACGCCAGCGACUCGGACGAAGAAGAUGCAGAAAUGGGCGUCUUCAGCAACGGCAUCGUCAAGGGUGAUGCUGAAUCAUCGGGCGACAGUGACGCGGAGGAAGGCCUUUUUGACGACGAGGCUGAGGAAACCGAUGAUGACGAAGAGUCCGAAUCUGACGAUGAGGCGGCCUCAGACGAGGAGGACAGCGACUAGGCUAACGAACAUGCCAUGCUUGGGUGUCUGUGUGAAGGAAUCGUGCAUCUGAACAGACGAGCAUACAGCCUCGACAAACCUUUGUACAAAGCAACUUUUCUGACUCGUUAAUGCAAGCAUGGAUUCCUGACCAGGAGAAUGCGCUGGUUCACGUGCAUGGUGUUGUUUGGAACAAAACAACAAGCUGGGCAUGACUGUUGAUCUUUCAAGCAUAUGGGAAAAGGCAAAUCAUCCUUGGGUAGAUUAUAUUUUAGACAAGAGUCUAAUUCAGACCAUCGUCUCAUCCU